CUCAUGAAAAAGCCCUUGCAAUUCGAGAACAAUCACUUCCUCCCAAUCAUCCUGAUUUGGCUAAAUCCUAUAACUACAUUGGUAAUGUGAAUUCCCACAUGGGUAAUUAUCCGAAAGCACUUUCUUAUUAUAAAAAAGCUCUUCAAAUUUGGCAGCGAUCACUUCCUCCCAAUCAUCCUGAUCUAGCUAUGUUCUACAACAACAUUGGUAAUGUGCAUGAUACCAUGGGUAGUUACCCAGAAGCACUUUCAUCUCAUGAAAAAGCCCUUGCAAUUCGAGAACAAUCACUUCCUCACAAUCAUCCUCAUUUGGCUAAAUCCUACAACAACAUUGGUAAUGCGCAUAACCACAUGGGUAAUUAUCCGAAAGCACUUUCUUAUUAUGAAAAAGCUCUUGAGAUCAGUCAACAAUCACUUCCUCCCAAUCAUCCAGAUCUGACUAUGACCUACAACAACAUUGGCUUAGCGUAUUCCCGCAUGGGUAACUAUCCGAAAGCAUUUUCUUAUUAUGAUAAAGCUCUUCAAAUUUGGCUGCAAUCAUUUCCUCCUAAUCAUCCUGAUCUGGCUAUGUGCUACAACAACAUUGGGUCAGCGCAUGCCAGCAUGGGUAAGUAUCCAGAAGCACUUCCUUAUUAUGAAAAAGCCCUUGCAAUUCGAGAACAAUUACUUCCUCCUAAUCAUCUUGAUUUGGCCAAAUGUUAUAACAACAUUGGUGUAGUGUAUGAGAACAUGGAUAAUUGUCCCACAGCACUUUCUUAUUAUGAAAAAGCCCUUGAAAUCCGACAACAAUCACUUCCUACCAAUCAUUUAGAUCUGACUAUGUCAUUCGACAACAUUGGGUCAGCGCAUAACAGCAUGGAUAAUUAUCCGAAAGCACUUUCGUCUUAUGAAAAUGCUCUUGAAAUUCGACAACAAUCACUCCCUCCCAAUCAUCCUGAUUUGGCUGUAUCCUAUAACAAAAUUGGUAAUAUACAUAAACACAUGAGUAAUUAUCCGAAAGCACUUUCUUAUUAUGAAAAAGCCCUUGGAAUUUGGCAGCAAUCGUUUUCUUCCAAUCAUCCUUAUUUGGCUAAGUCUUACAAUAACAUUGGUGACGUGCAUAACCACAUGGGUAACUAUUCAGAAGCAGUUUUAUUUUACGAAAAAGCUCUUGAAAUUCAACAACAAUCACUUCCUUCCAAUUAUCCUGAUGUAGCUAGGUCCUACAACGAUAUUGGUAAUGUGCAUCACAGCAUGGGUAAUAAUUCAAAAGCCCGUACAUUUAAUGAACAUGCUAUAGAAAUUGAAGAACAAUUGCCACCUUCAAAUCAUCCGGAUCUUCGAAAAUGUAGAAAUAACCUCGAAGAUUGA